AGAUACUUCCAUUGUUAUCUCCCAUUGAUAAAUCUCUUCAACUUUCAAGUCCCUAAAAAACCCCUUUUUUUCUCUUAAUUUUUCGUUGUUCUUUUUCCCUUUACUGUUUGUGUUUUUUUCCUUACAUGAUGAACAGCUUACAAGAUUGGCCCGAACCAAUAGUCCGUGUUCAAUCCUUGUCCGAAAGUGGUUUAUCAAUGAUUCCUGAUAGAUACGUUAAACCACUUUCGGAUAGACCAUCGUCAAACCGGCCCGAAAACGGCGACGCUAACAUACCGAUCAUCGACCUUACCGGUUUAACCGACGACGAAACCGAGCUAUCUCGAUCAACAAUGGACCGGAUUUCUUCGGCGUGUCGGGAUUGGGGCUUUUUCCAGGUUGUAAACCACGGCGUUAGCCCUGGUUUAAUGGACCAAGCUCGGGAAACUUGGCGGAGCUUCUUCCAUUUGCCUAUGGAGAUUAAACAAGCUUAUGCUAACUCACCAAAGACGUAUGAAGGUUAUGGUAGUAGAUUAGGGAUUGAGAAAGGUGCCAUUCUUGAUUGGAGUGAUUACUAUUAUCUCCACUAUCUUCCUUUAACUCUUAAAGAUUACAACAAAUGGCCUGGUUCUCCCGAUUACUGCAGGGAAGUGAUUGAUGAAUAUGGGAAGGAAUUGGUGAAACUAGGUGGGAGAAUAAUGAAGUUUUUGUCUAUAAACCUUGGGUUAGACGAAAGCCAUCUUCAGAAUGCAUUUGGUGGGGAAAAUAUCGGGGCAUGUGUAAGGGUUAAUUUUUAUCCCAAGUGUCCGCAACCCGACCUUACUCUUGGUUUAUCGUCGCACUCAGAUCCCGGUGGCUUGACCAUUCUAUUACCGGACCCUGAAGUCCCUGGACUUCAAGUCCGAAAAGAUGAUCGAUGGAUAACUGUUAAACCCGCUCGUCAUGCGUUUAUUGUCAACAUCGGCGAUCAAAUUCAGGUCCUAAGCAAUGCAAAUUACAAAAGUGUAGAGCACAGAGUGAUUGUAAAUUCAGGCGUGGAAAGGUUAUCAUUGGCAUUUUUUUACAACCCAAAAAGUGAUAUACCAAUUAAACCGAUCCGAGAAUUGGUUUCUGCAGAUAAACCGGCUUUAUAUCCACCAAUGACAUUUGAUGAAUAUAGGCUCUUCAUUAGAUUAAAUGGUCCUAAAGGUAAAUCCCAAGUGGAGUCUCUAAAGUCUCCAAGAUGUCAUUGAUACUAUUAUUAUUAUUUGGAUUUGAAUUGUUUUAUCAAUUUUAGGGUUAUUCGAGCUUUUUGGAUCGAGUCAACCUUUGAUUCAAAUAAUUAUAAAUUACUUAUUUAGGUCAUUUUGAGUUCGAUCCAUCCUCAGUUAUUGUCAUUCUGGGUUUAGGUUAUUGACUUUAUAUGGCUAAAUUUGAUUGCAUCAAGUUGGGAUUCGGAUUAAUCAAAUAUGAAAACUUUGGGCUCAGUUCAUUUGUAGACUAAUUCAUUCUUAGUUCGGGUUGUUGACUUUAUACAAUCAAAUUUGGUUGGCUGCCA